UCACAUGAGAACGAGACCCAAGCAAUUGACUUUGAUUGAUUAUGCUUGCGGAGAGUGCAUGGUCCGAGUGGAAGCAGAAAUUGAAGAAACCGACCAGAGUAGAUGCUGCGCGCCGUCGCGCCUCCAGAAUCUUUGAACUGAAUCCCAGGGAGACUGUGGCGCUUCCCUGUGUGCAUGUGUGUAAGGGUGUGAGUGUGUGUAAGGGUGUGAGUGUGUGUGUGUGAGAAAGCGAGCGUCAGCGCUCCCACAUGGCCUCCAUGCAGGACGGGCUGAACAUCACUGCUCCUCCCUACGGCAAGGUCCUGCUGCUGGGCGCUAUCGCUGCUGCCUCAGCCUUCGUUGUCACUAUCCUGAUCGUGGUGCUCUGUGUGGGCUGCCAGAGGAAAGGGAAGGCUCAUAAUGUUUCCGGCGAGGGUGGCAAACACAGGUUGAUGGACAUGGGUAUACUCAGGCAGUCCAAGCUGCGCUCCAUCAGCAAGUCGGACACUGAGAUGAACAAGCUAAACUGCAAUGGCAAGAAGGCUUCUAAAAAGAAUCGUCCAGCCAGUAUGGAUCUUCUUCUGCUGCCCAGCCGCAGGUCCAACUCAGACCUGCGCUCCCAGGGCCGCCAGCUGCCCCAGAUCCCCUCGGGCACUGGAGAGGAAGGGGAGCACACCUACUCCGAGGUGGGGCACCGCUCCUCUCCCAAACGUGGGACUGACGAUACCCUGUACGCCAUGGUUGGCAGGGCUGGGCAGACGGACACUCCAGCCCCCCCGGCUGUCCCUGCCAACACCCCAGCACCCCCUGACCUAGAUGGGGAUGGGGUGGAAGGGGGGCUUCCUGAGCAGGAGCCAGUGGCCCAGGUGAUGGCUCCACCCCACACCCAGGAGGCAGCAGAGUACGCCUGUGUCCGGAAGCUGCGCAAGGCAGACAAAGCCCCCCAGAAGAGGGAUAGCGGGACGGAUAUGGGGGAGCCACCGGCUCCACCCCCACGCCACGCCCCGCCAUCACACCCUGCUCCUCCACCGCCACACCCUCAUAGCCAGAAGAUGCCCCGUAAGAACAUGGAGGCUUUCAAUCUUCCCAGUUUCCCUAAGGAAGCAGUAUUUAUGGGUAAUGGCGAGCAGUACAUCUGGAAGCCUCCAGAAGAUGAUGACAUCACCGUGCUCCAAAACAAGCCUUUAGGCCCUCUGAGUCCUCACAGUGGAGAGAAUAUCAUACAGCCAUCCACAGCUGCGGUUGCAGAGAUGUACUCCAAGGUGUGCAAGCCGGGUAAGAAGAAGAGAACUGUGCCUGGGUCUCCCCCAGCCAACAGUGGCUUCCGGACCUUGGGGCGUGGCGACCGGGAGCGAGAUGGGGGGUUCAGUGUGGUGGUCAAGCCCCAGACAUGGGCCCCAUUGGAGGGAAAAGCAGUUGGAGGACCCCCCGGCAUAUUGGAUGACCACUGUUAUGAGUCCAUAGGGACGGAGGAAUGCGAUGCGGCCUAUGAGGCCAUGGAUGGAGGUGGCGGCUGGAAGCGAGAGAGGCCCCCCAACACCUGUGCCACACUGCGGCCCCGGAGGAAGAAAUCCCAGCAGCCCUUGCAGCAGCAGCAGCCUCCGCCACCACCACCUACGCAGCAGACCCCCAAGUUACAACACCUACCCGCCAAAGCCCUUCUGCUGCCAGGGGAGAACCUCUAUGAGAGCAUUGGGGACCUGAAGCAAGGCUCCACCACCUCCAGUACCACCACCAUCUUCACCUUCAACGACGGCAUGGAGAUGUACGUCACAGGGCUUUAAGGCUGACCUGUGCUAUGACACCUCAUCCCCGCACAAAGAACAGCACAGGGAGAGCAGGUGGAGAAGCCUCUCAUGCUCACUCACGCAUACUGUUUACAUUUGAGUCAUGACAUCCUGCCUUUCAGAGCCUACAGAGGCCUUAGGGCAAUCGAGUUGGCUCGAUGACCUGGGUUACAGAAGUCCCUGGGUGCAAUCUAUACCUUCAAAUGAAUCCAAAGGUAGUAAACAAAACAAAAAAGAGCACAACACUAUUACAGAAGUUGUUUCUGUAUGAUCAUCGUAGCACUUCUAUUUUAAUGAUGUGUAUAGCACAAUUUAAGGGAAAAGCCUAAAUUAUUCCCCUAUUGUAGUGGGUACACAUUGUCCUUGUCUAACCUGGACCCCAAUUAGGAAGUAGCACAGUAUUGUGUUCACUCCUUUGGUAGCACUUAGUCUGGGUGUGGCAGACCUUCCCUGUAGUUGGUCAAGAUGAGAAUCUGGAAGGAAUUGAAAUGAUAAUCUAACGAAGAUAAAUAUUAAUCAGAAUACUUGAAAGCUCAGGGACCAAGAGUAAAAUGAGAGUAUCAUUACAAAAUUGCACACAUUUCGCAUUCCUCCAAAAAUAUUUAGAAAUAAUUUUGACCAUAUUCAUAUUUGUGAAAAGAGGCCAGAUAUUUUACCCUUUUUCAUAUUAUGUUUCAUAUUACAUGGACUACAAAACUGUCUCCACUGCCGUCUGUAAAUGAAGUGUUUUAAUUUGUCUAUCCUGUUUCUGCACUUUGCCUGCUAAAACUUGCAUGCUAAAAAAAGAAAGAAAAUCGAACAAAAAAAUCAAGCACCGUCACGUGAUAACUAUAUUGAAUGGUUUCUUUUUUUACUGUUGUUGACUGUUUAGUUAUUUUAGCGUUGCUUUGUAUCUCUUUGAGAGAACUAUGUUAAGUAGAUUCAGCACAUGUUUGGUCACUGUGGCUGUGAGUGGAGUCAGGUUCCUCUCCGCCCACAUCUGUGGCUUGUUAACACGAGACUAUCAGAACUGCUUGGGUCAGACAGGUUGAGGCUGGCCACACUUCUCUUCCUGCUCCAUCCUCAGUAUCAACACAGUGAACCAAUCAACCUGCUGUGUGGUCAUACUGGGUCACACCCUGCUGCAGCCGUGGAAGCUGGUUAACCUGAGAACCACUACAGUAGCAACCUUUGUCUUAUUGCUAUAAUGAUGAACAUUCUUUUUUCUGUCUCUCACUCUCUCGUUCUCUCUCUAUCUCUCUCUUUCUCUCUCUCUCUCUCUCUCUCUGUCAGUGAUGUCUUUUGGAAAAAUAUGGAACAAAUAAACAACAAGACAAUGAUGUGAGCAAAAGACAAUACUAAGGUAUAGUUGUUGUUGUUGAGGAGAGUAUCUUCUGAACUUGGACACUAAAGAGGAAUUUAUUUGACCAAAUAUCCCCAGCACACAAUGUGAUUAUUCUGUAUGUUGAUGCAAUGUGUAUGUACGUUACAAAAGAGAAAGAAUAAUAAAUAUAUAAUUGGUGUCAAGAAAUCUAUCUUUUACUAUUAUGUUUGAUUGUGUUUUUGGAAUGACUUUGUCUGGUUACAAAAACGGCAAAACAGCUACAAUGUGAAUUUUGAUGUUUUGUUUGUUAAUUUUGGAGCCAUUUAAGCUAUGGUGUGUUCUUUGAAAGCCCAUCUAAGUUUAAUGUGGCAGCUAAUGUUGUGUGUUUGCUAU